AUGAGUUUCCCUGCAUCCACAGCAAGAAAUCAGCCUUCGGUUACCAACACAAUGUCCAACAACCGCAUGCGUUCCGUACUGUGGACGGAGGAUGGACUACAGCUAAUUGAUCAGCGCAAGUUACCAACGGAGCUCGUUCUGAUGCAAUGUACGACGGUGGAGGACGUCACACGUGCCAUCGCAGACAUGACCGUGCGCGGUGCUCCAGCCAUCGGUGCGGCUGGAGCUUUCGGUCUCGCGUUGGGAGCCAAGAACUUUCAGGCCACUGAACACAGCACUAAGGAGGAGUUUCUCAAAGCUAUGGAGCAAUCGAAGGCUUUGAUUGAUGCGGCAAGACCUACAGCGGUUAAUUUGACGUGGGCAACGGAGCGUGUAGUCAAGCAGCUUCGUGCCAAGAUGCAGGGGAAGGCAAGUGUUGCCGAUCUGAUCGCGUUCACGUUGACAUUGGCACAGGCGUUGGCAGAGGAGGACGUGGCUAUUAACAAGAGACUGAGCCAAUUUGGAGCGGAGAUCGUGCCGGCGGGAAGCAACAUCUUGCACCACUGCAAUACCGGUGCAUUGGCAACCGUGGAUAUAGGCACGGCUAUUGGCGUCAUCUACGAAUGCCACGCGCAGGGCAAGAACGUCCAUGUAUGGGUGGAUGAGACGCGGCCACGCCUACAGGGCGCCCGACUCUCAGCUUGGGAGCUCAUGCGCGAAGGUGUGCCAAUUCACCUCAUUGCUGAUAACGCUGCGGGUUAUCUCAUGCUGGAAGGCAAAGUGGAUGUGGUGCUUUUUGGUGCUGACCGCGUGGCGGCGAACGGCGACGUGGUGAAUAAAAUCGGCACGUACAAGCUGGCUGUGGUCGCCAAGGAAAAUAAAGUACCAGUGUAUGCUUGUGUGCCUACCAGUACUAUCGAUCUCAGUUUCUUCGAAGGAAUGGGUAUCCCGAUAGAAGAACGCAGCCCUGACGAGGUGGCUUGCAUCCGGGGCGUGCGUAUCGCGCCCGAAGGCUGUCCGGUCUUCAAUCCGGCGUUCGACAUUACGCCGAACCGAUACCUGACUGGCAUUAUUACAGAAGAGGGCGUUUGCUACCCGCCGUUUGAGCAGAGUCUCGCAAAAGCAGUGGCUACUGCCGAAAAGCGUCGCGCUGAGUGGUAG